CACAACCGACCCCUCCAUCAAGUGGCAAUACUGUAAUGUUGGCUUCUGUGAAUGUAAGACUUCCAACCUGGGGGGUGAGUACAGAGGACAGAAGAGCACAACUGUAAGUGGCAAGACUUGUCAACGCUGGGAUUCACAAUCCCCACACACACAUGAUAGGUAUCUCCCAGCUAUGUUCCCUGACAAUAGUGUGGCAGAUGCAAGUAACUUCUGUCGUAACCCAGAUCAGAGCCCCGAGGGUCCCUGGUGCUUCACUACUGACCCCAAUAAAAUGUGGGAGUGGUGUUCAGUCCCCGCAUGUGAGAUGUAUGAAAACUUGCCAACCCCAACUCCACCUAUUACAGUACCAAGAGAGUGUAAGACAUCUGAGAUGGGACAUGAAUACAGAGGCAAGAAGUCUUGGACUUUAAGUGGAAAACAAUGCCAGAGAUGGGAUUCACAGACACCCCAAAAGCAUAGAAGAUAUGAUGACAAUAUGUUCCCCGAUGGCUCCGUUGCUGAUGCAGGCAACUUCUGUAGGAAUCCAGAUUUUGACCUUACAGGACCCUGGUGUUAUACCACAGACCCUGAUACACGUUGGGAAUACUGUGAUGUCAACUGGUGCGAGUGUAAACAUAGUAAGCUUGGAUCUAACUAUGUUGGGACUCUACACACAACUAGAAGAGGGGUGCUAUGUCAGCGUUGGGACUCGCAAUCCCCUCAUCAACAUGACAGAAUUGAUGCAUCGAAGUUCCCUGAUGCAACUCUAGG